GUAGGGCAUUUGAAAUACGAAUAGUGAUGGCGGCGGUUGAACAGCCGGAACCUACGGUGGAAUUGGAAUUUUUGCAAGCUAUGCGUGAUUUCAAGACCAUGUUCCCGGAUAUGGACUCCGAUGUCAUUGAGGCUGUCCUGAGAGCGAAUGACGGCUCGGUGGACGCCUCGAUAGACGAGCUUCUGACGAUGUCAUCCGUUGAUGGGAUGAAUAAACUUGUUACGAAAAAGACUGAGCGUCAGCCACCGCAAGAUGCAGUAGACAGGGAAGGUUAUUGGGUUGGUGGUGGUGAUCCUAACGGCAUUCCACUGCGUUUGAUGAGAAACUGGCAACCACAGAUGUUGUCCCCGUUGCCGUCGGACUUCCUGAGAAUACGUAUUCCCAGGACAAGAGUAGAACAGCGUUUGGGUCUUCAGCUGAUGGCAUCAAAGCGAUUGGGAGCUCGUCUCGCUGACAUUGAUCGUAGACGAAAAACGACGAAUGAUCCCGAAAUGGUGCAAAUGCUGGAAGACGAAAGAAUGGCGUUGUACUUGCAAAAUGAGGAAUUCAUGAGAGAACUGAAGGCUGAUCCCGAAUUCAUGGCCGCCUUAGAAAAAGAGUCUCCGAGUGAUCCGUCCAUAUCGGAAGGAGGAAAAGCUCGUUCAAUGGAUGAUCUGGAAGCUUUCAGAGAAAGGAUUCGAAAUAUGGGCAAAGUGGAUGUCCCAACGAAGGAUAACCUCUUGUUGGCUGCGGAACCGUUGGUUGCCGACGAUGACGACGAAGAUGAAGAUCUUACAGAUUUAGACCGAAUGCGAUCCGGGAAUCAACCUGAUCAUCAUCAUGGAUCGCACCGCGGUGAGAGUGGAAAGUUCGAACCAUUCUGAAGGAUCGAAAAUUUGAUGCUGUGACUGGAAGAGAACAAGCCGUUUUCUUUCGAUUUUUCAAAAUUGGUUUCGGGGAAUCUAGCGUAACGAAUCUCAUAUUUUUGUUGGAGAAUCUCCGGAUCUCGGUCGAACCUUUUCCCCACCAUCGCGAACAAUUACUUUUCUCCGGUGCUACGUUCACGUUGAACCUAUUGCGAAUCAUUUGACUUUUUAAUGUGUUCAAUUUGAGGAUUGGCGAGUUUUGGGUUUGAAAUGGAAUAUCUCUAUGGUCUUACUGUGCUGACAUCCAGUUGGAAAAAUAUUCAUUGUUUGCUUAGCACUCGAUUAAAACGUCGAAAGUUUCAUGUGAUUUCUGCUCGGUGUGAACCGGGAGAGAGUAGUUCAGAGUUGUUGACAAACGAUUGUGAACAUCGUUAAAAUUUAUUUUUGGAUCUGGAAAUUUAAACCACUAUAUUUGUAAAAAACCAAUUCCCGAAUUUCGGGCAAUCUCGAUACGUGCGUUGUUGGUGUUUGGGUGUCGCAGACGUAUUUAUGCUAGUCUUUGAUAUAUAUGUGAAUAUUGAAAAUAAGUUGAUUAGUCGCGGUUUACGUUUUAUUCCUUCGUGAAGGGUGUCCAAAGGUUCAUGUUGAGCUGAAAUUUAAUUGAUUGAACUUUUUUACUUCUGUAUCCACGAAAGGGUUUCGGGUCAAAGGAUAUUAUCUAUUUGUCGAUAGCAGUUAUGCAGUAAUCGAUUUUCAAUUUAACAACAUAUCUGCUGCUGAAUUCCUCCUGAAGAGAAGCUAGCGCUUUCUGUAUGAACAUAUGCGAUGUACAGUAUUCAAACUGAAUUGUAUGCGCUUUUUCAUACAUUUUGCUUCAUCGGUAAUUGAAAUAUUGUACUGUACAUACUGUUACCGCCGUUUCGAUUUCACAGUAACGCGUUGGACACCCUAUAAUUUCGAAGCCAACUUUUUUCACGUGGAUUUAUUUUAUUGAGAUGUGGUUGAAAUUGUAUAUCGGAAGGUUUAUUAUUGAUUUAUCCGUCUUGCGCUUUACGUAUUGUUCGUGGAUCUGAGUGCUAAUGCCUGGUUUGUGAUUAUGAAUAUAGGGAAAAUCACGAUACUGUGCUCUCAUGCUAACCUGUUAAAAUCUCUUUUUCGGCGCAGAUCAGCAAUCAAUCCUUGGAUGUGAAUUUUCCCGCAACAAUAUGAACCAAAUAAAUUUUACCUAAAAUGAGAAA